UGAAGUACAUAGAUACCUUCGCCACACUCUUUUGCUCUGUGUCUCUUGGUGCUAACCGAGAAAUACUAGGUUUUACUUCGGUGAAAAAGGCACUUAUUGUAAGCAUGACUGUUUCAGCCUCUGUUUCCUCAGCCAAGGGCCGAGUCCUCAUCGUCGGAGCAACAGGUUUCAUUGGUCAGUUCGUCGCAGAAGCCAGCUUAGACGCCGGCCGACCCACCUAUGUUCUCGUCCGGCCAGGCUCCGUUGGAGGUGGCCCUUCUAAGGGGAGCACCAUCAGGGCUCUCCAAGACAAAGGCGCCAUAAUCUUGCAUGGACUCAUUAAUGAUAAAGAAUUCAUGGAGAAAAUACUGAAAGAGCAUGAGAUCGAUAUAGUAAUAUCAGCCGUGGGAGGUGCAAACAUACUGGACCAGCUCACCUUAAUUGAGGCCAUUAAAACUGUCGGUACAAUUAAGAGAUUUCUGCCGUCGGAGUUUGGACACGACGUGGAUAGAGCUGAUCCGGUGGAGCCGGGGCUUAAUAUGUACAAAGACAAGCGCAGAAUCAGGCGGUUGCUCGAGGAGUACGGUGUUCCUCACACUUACAUUUGCUGCAAUUCUAUUGCUUCUUGGCCUUACUACGACAACACACACCCUUCCGAGGUUGUCCCUCCUUUGGAUCAGUUCCAAAUCUACGGUGAUGGUAGCGUCAAAGCUUAUUUUGUUGCCGGCACUGAUAUUGGAAAAUUUACAAUUAAAACUAUUGAUGACAUUCGGGCCCUUAACAAGAAUGUUCAUUUUCGGCCUGCCUGCAAUCUUUAUAAUAUCAAUGAGCUAGCAUCACUGUGGGAAAGGAAGAUUGGAAGGACCCUCCCACGAGUUACUGUCUCUGAAAAUGAGCUACUUGCCGCAGCUGCAGAGAAUUGCAUACCUGAGAGCAUUGUUGCAUCAUUCACCCAUGAUAUAUUCAUAAAGGGUUGUCAAGUUAAUUUCACAAUCGAUGGCCCUCAAGAUAUUGAAGUGGGAACUCUCUACCCUGAUGAAACUUUUCGAACCUUGGAUGAGUGCUUCAAUGACUUUCUUGUCAAAAUAGACAGCAAAUCUAUGAGCAACGGUGAAAUUACUGCUGCAAGUCCCGUGGCUGAACCCAUGGCAAUCACUGCAACAUGCGCUUGAUCAUAUUGCAGGGGCCAAGUGUUAAUUAUUAUUCCAAUUGUUUUUUUACGUGGAAAAAGAACUUAAAAAAUUUGUGAGUCAAUUUGUUUACUAUGAUUUAUCUUGAAUUCCUAGUGAUUUCUUAGAGGAACGAAGUCGCUCAUGCUUGUUCUGGUGGACAAAACUGGGCUUGGUAUCGGGGGUAGGCCAAUGGAUUGGAAUUUCUUCAAAAUUGAGUUGAAAGAAGUUCUUCUAACUUAGCCUAUAAAAUUGUUAUGUUAUUGUUUGUACAUGUGCUUGCAUCCCAUUCCCAUCUGAUGUAAGAUGAUUUAUUAUAUUCCAAUUUAGUCUAUAAAAUUGUUAUGUUAUUGUUA